UUUUAUCAUAAGUAAAUAGAAUUUAAUGAAAGAUAUAAAUUUGUAAACAAAAGUUUCAAAUUAAUUAAGUAUAUCUUCCUGGCUUCAAAAGUCCCAUUGCUAGAGUAUAACGCUCACGUGGUACCGUUAAAAAUAGUACAAAUGCAGCAUUCGCAAUAAUUUUCCCCUUGAUUACACACAUAUUAGUAUCACGGUGAACGUGCACGAAAAUGCGUGAAAUAGUGCAUUUGCAAGCUGGACAAUGCGGCAAUCAAAUCGGAUCUAAAUUUUGGGAGAUAAUUUCGGACGAACAUGGGAUAGACCCCACCGGAAAGUAUUGCGGUGACAGCGACCUUCAGCUGGAUAAAGUGCAAGUGUACUACAACGAAGCCGCUGAUGGUAGUCGCUAUGUUCCACGGGCUGUUCUGGUUGAUCUGGAACCUGGGACCAUGGACGCAAUACGAUCAUCAACCUAUGGAGAACUCUUCAGACCUGAUAACUUUGUUUUUGGACAAAGUGGAGCAGGUAACAAUUGGGCUAAAGGCCACUAUACCGAAGGUGCUGAAUUGGUUGAAGCCGUUAUGGACGUCGUGAGGAAGGAGGCAGAACCAUGUGACUGCUUACAAGGGUUUCAGCUUACCCAUUCCUUGGGAGGGGGUACUGGCUCCGGUUUAGGUACCCUGCUGCUCAGCAAACUACGUGAGGAAUAUCCGGACCGGAUUGUGAACACAUUCAGUGUGAUGCCUUCACCAAAGGUUUCAGAUACUGUGGUUGAACCUUACAACGCGACCUUGUCGGUGCAUCAGCUGGUUGAAAAUACCGACGAGACGUUUUGCAUCGACAAUGAAGCUCUCUACGACAUCUGCUUUAGAACACUACGACUAUCUUCGCCGACCUAUGGCGAUCUGAAUCAUUUGGUCUCACUCACAAUGUCUGGAGUGACAACUUGUCUUCGGUUCCCUGGUCAACUGAACGCUGAUCUCCGAAAGCUGGCAGUCAACAUGGUACCCUUUCCGAGGCUCCACUUCUUUAUGCCAGGAUUCGCUCCAUUGACAGCGCGAAACAGUCAAGGUUACAGAGCGUUAACUGUUCCCGAACUGACGCAACAGAUGUUCAGUCCAGUCAAUAUGAUGGCUGCCUGCGAUCCUCGACACGGCCGCUAUUUGACUGUGGCCGCCAUAUUCCGUGGUCGAAUGUCUAUGAAGGAGGUCGACGAACAAAUGCUGGCCAUUCAGGAUAAAAAUUCAGGAUAUUUUGUGGAAUGGAUCCCGAACAAUGUGAAAGUAGCUGUUUGCGACGUGCCGCCACGUGGUCUCAAAAUGGCCGCCACAUUCGUCGGAAACUCAACAGCUAUUCAAGAAAUCUUCAAGCGAAUUUCUGAGCAGUUCACUGUUAUGUUCAGAAGGAAGGCUUUCCUACAUUGGUACACUGGCGAGGGUAUGGAUGAAAUGGAAUUUACUGAAGCAGAGAGCAACAUGAACGAUCUCAUAUCGGAGUACCAACAAUAUGAGGAAGUUGGGGUAGAAGAAGAAUUCGAUGAACAGGAAGAAGUAAUGGCUGAAGAAGAGUAUCCUGAGGAUGGUUAGGUUCACCAGAUACGAUAAUGUUCAUAGAAUGGUGCUAACUGCUAGCCUAUAAACUGACAGUUGACAGGGAUAAGUGACAUUGACAAGAAAUCCAAAAUUGGUAGUAAAUAGUAAUAGAAUAUCAUAAUUCACAACUUCGAAAUUACCUUUCCUUUUUUGUUUUCGUAUCAAUUAAUGAGUUAAAAACUCUAAUAAUAGAAUUUAAAUUGCAAACUAAAACAUAUUUGGAUAUAGUUUAUUUUGAAUUAAAAAUUUAGAUGGAACAUCAUUUAUCUGUUGAAAUAUGAGGAUAAUUGCUUAUCAUAUUAAAUAAUGUUAUGGUUAACAAU